AUGCCGGUCCCUAAAAAAAUAACUCCAUCGGAUCUUGAAGCAGCGGGGAAAAUUACGAGGCAGCGCCGCUCUUCACUAGCUGAUGAAAUCCCACCCGCGAAACGAAAAGCCUCGAUUAUUGAUGAUUUAGGAAGGAAUGUGAGACCCCCAAUGAAUCAGGUCGAAUUCGACGAGAAAUUUUCUUACAAGCAACCAGAGCAAGAAGAUCCCUUUGUUCACCACGCCAAGAAAUAUUUCGGCAGAGUUACGUUACUUUCCUUUAUCCCCAUCGCCGAUUGGCUGCCACGUUAUAAUUGGAAAGAGAAUCUUCUGCAUGAUUUGAUCGGCGGGUUGACGAUGGGUAUUAUGACAGUUCCGCAAGGAAUCGCAUACGCUGUACUGGCAAAAGUUCCACCUGUGCAGGGUCUUUACACAUCACUAUUCCCGGCGUUGAUAUAUAUGAUUUUCGGGAUGUCUCGUCAUAACAAUAUUGGAUCAUUUGCCGUAGUUUCUUUGAUGACAGGAAUGGCUGUUGAGAGGAUAACAAAGAUUACCGAGAUCCAAGAGGGAAUAUUAUUUGCUAAUGACACCAUUGAUUUUCAAGAUUUUACUCCUACACAAGUAGCCACUUCGAUAACUUUUGCCGUUGGAGCUAUCCAAUUCUUACUUGGUCUGGCCGGGCUCGACUUUAUAAUUACUUAUUUCUCGGAUCAGAAACUUUACGAUAUGUUCAUCGAUCGAUUCAGCGACAUCAAUCUCUUCAGCGUUUUUGUUUCGAUAGCAAUGAUGGCUAUUCUAAUCUUUGGAAAGGAAUUCGCGAAUCCAAGGAUAAACAAACGUUUCAAAAUUAAUGUGCCGAUACCCUUUGAGCUGAUCGUGUUAAUCGGCGGAACCCUGCUUUCUUAUUUAAUGGAUUUUUCUGGGAAUUACAACAUGAAGAUUGCGAAUAAGAUCCCAACAGGAAUGCCAUCCCCCUCUCCACCGCUUCUCCGGUUAAUUCCCUACGUUGUGCCGGAAGCUUUUUCUAUAGCUGUUGUUUCGAUGGCGGUUCAUAUUUCAUUGGCAAAAAUGAUGGCUAAGAAACAGAAUUAUGAAGUGGAUCCCGGACAAGAACUUUACGCACUCGGUCUGGCAUCAGUUGGAUCUGCAUUUUUCGCUUGCUAUCCAUCGGCCUGUUCUUUGGGGAGAACGUUGGUGAAUAUGAGUUCGGGAACGAGGACACAACUCUCUACAAUUUUCUCCUCAGCCUUGGUGCUAGCUGUUAUUUUAUUUUUCGCGAGUUUUUUGGAAACACUACCAAUGUGUGCGCUAUCGGCUCUUGUGAUCGUAGCCUUGAAAGGCAUCCUAAACAAAUUUGCGGAUUUGCGGUUGCUCUGGCCACUGUCGAAAAUCGAUUUUAGCAUAUGGGUUGUGUCAUUUCUUGCUACAACUUUAAUUGAUGUGACGGAAGGAUUGGCUAUUGCUAUCGCAUUUGCAUUGUUUACCACGAUAAUGAGGGAGCAAUGGCCUCGCUGGCAUUUGCUCGGCAACGUUGAGGGCACUGCUGACUUCCGCGACUCGGAACGCUACGAGAACGUCGCAUUUUUUAACGGCAUUUGCAUAUUCCGCUUCGACUCCCCACUUCUUUUCACAAAUGUCGAGCGCUUCAAAACGGCCGUUCAAAAAUCGUUCCGCGCCUGGGAAGAAUCCCACGAAUAUUAUGUACUUCGGCAGGAAAGGGCGAGGAUGUUGAUGGAACUUGAUGAGGAGCAAAGGAAAAAAGCGACGGAUGAGGCAGACUACGUGUCGAGACAUUUUAUCAUAGAUUGUUCUGGGUUUACGUUUGUAGAUUAUAUGGGUAUUUUUGCUGAAAUGAAAAACCGCGGGGCACAGGUUUAUUUUGCUACGGCAAAAGCACCCGUGAGAGAAUUAUUUGAAUCUUGCGGUUUUUAUGCAUAUGUCCCAAAAGAGCAUUUCUAUCCAACAAUUCGAGAUGCCGUUGCGAUAGCAAGAAUUCGACAACAACACAAAGGUACACCAGCGGAUUCCUAUCAUUUGGAACACGAUCGUCUCUCCGAAAUCAUCAGCGCCCAUCCAUUAAAU